UUCCCAAGUGACGUUGCCCGAAUGGGGGCUGCUCGCUGACCGGCCCACCUGGAGGCCAAAGGCGGCGGCGCAGCGACGGCUGGCACGAGGGAGAUAAAAGGGCGUCGCGGGGCUUUGCUGGGCACGAGCUUCUCACCCCGGGGAGAAUCGUCCUCCUCCUGCCGCUGCCGCCGCCGCUCCUGGUCUGCACCCAUUUGACACCGAGACGGGUAUUCGCCUUUCUGCAACGCCUCCAUCCCGUUAAGCAGACUAAAGUCAUGUUACACUGGGGAUACGAGGAAGACAACGGACCUAAUCACUGGAAGGAAAUUUUCCCCAUUGCUGAUGGAGACCGUCAAUCUCCCAUUGAUAUUCACACUGAAGAGACUAAAUAUGACCCCAACCUGCUUCCCCUCAGCCCCAGCUAUGAUCCUUCCUCUGCUAAAGUCAUACUCAAUAAUGGACACUCCACCAGUGUGGAAUUUGAUGACACUGAAAAUAAAUCAGUGCUAAGUGGGGGUCCACUCACUGGAAAUUAUAGGCUGCGACAAAUCCACUUCCACUGGGGGGCUAAUGAUGACAUUGGUUCUGAACAUACUGUGGAUGGAGCAAAAUUCCCAGCAGAGCUUCAUGUGGUGCAUUGGAAUGCAGAUAAAUACCCCAGCUUCGUUGAAGCUGCCCAGCAACCUGAUGGGUUAGCAGUCAUGGCUGUUUUCUUAAAAUUGGGUGAAUGCAAUUCACAACUCAAAAAAAUCACAGACGAACUGGAUACCAUUAAAAUGAAGGGUAAACAACACAGGUUCACCAAUUUUGAUCCUUCCUGUCUUCUCCCUCAUUCACUGGACUACUGGACAUACCUUGGGUCUCUCACAGUCCCUCCACUUCUCGAGAGUGUCAUUUGGAUCAUCCUUAGGGAACCUAUAAAUGUUUGCUCUGAACAGCUGGCCAAAUUUCGCAACCUCCUGUGUACUGGUGAAGGAGAGCAUGCCUAUUGCAUGCUGAAAAACUUCAGACCACCACAGCCUUUAAGGGGGCGGGAAGUAAGAAGAAAUUAAAGGAAGGAUAAUUUGUGAUAGUAGUUGACCACUGUUAUGGAUGCAAAACCCAUUUAAAAUAUUGAUCUUAUUUUUAAAAAAAGAUAUUUUAAUUUGAAGCUUUUAUUUUUAAAUUGUAGGAAUUUUU